AAGCUUAAUGAACAGGGAGCGCGAGAGCGUAAAAGCGCGUUUGGCCCACAACCCGCUCUUUCGUUUUGCUGAGCACGCUCCAUUCAGCAACAAAUGAACAUGUGGCGUGAUCUGAGUUGAAGGGAAUCGCGCCGGUCAAAGCGCGCCGACGAGCGCGCGACCAUGGGGACGCCACGCCUGUGCGUGCCGGGGGGCCUGACCGUUUUGUUGGCCGGUGCCAGCCCCUGCGCGCGCGCGUACGCAUCGUGCGCAUGCUACGUUGCUACCCAAGGGGGGCAUCAGUCCCUCGCCUGGGUCUUGCCAUACUGUUUUAGUGGGGGCUUGGCUGCGCAAAACCCUAGCUGCGCCUCCCUCCACACGCGCCGCCGCUUCGCUGCCAGCGCUUCCGGUGGCGCUACAGGGGGCGAUGACUCCUCCACCUCCACGUCAGCGGCCGCGAUGCUGGAUGACCUGGUCAACGGGGUCAACUAUGAGCGCAGCGGCAUCCCCGCAGCUGCCGGCACCUCUGCCUCCUCCCGCUUCGAUCUGGGUCGGAUGCACCGCCUGCUGGAGGCGCUGGGCAGCCCCCAUCUGGCGCUCAAAGCCGUGCAUGUGGCCGGCAGCAAAGGCAAGGGCUCCACGGUCUCCAUGCUGGCAUCCUGCUUCGCCGCCGCCGGCUACCGCGCCGGUGUCUACACCUCGCCGCACCUGCUGGCGCUGGAGGAGCGGAUAGCGUUGGCCAUGCCGGGGGGCGCGGGCGGCCGGCGGCCGCGCCCCAUCCCCGCCGACGACCUGGCGUUCCUGCUGCGGCGGCACGCCGACGCCAUCCGGGCGCGGGUGGCGGCGGAGGGGCCGGGCGGGCCGGGCGCGCUGAGCCACUUCGAGCUGACCACGGCGAUGGCGCUCAGGUACUUUGCGGACUGCCGUGUGGACGUGGCGGUGGUGGAGACGGGGCUGGGCGGCGUCACGGACGCCACCAACGUCUUCCCGCCGCCCAACCUGCAGGCCGCAGUGAUCACCGGGCUGGGUCUGGAGCACGUGGAGGCGCUGGGCGGCAGCCUGCGCUCCAUCGCCACUGCCAAGGCGGGCAUCGCGCGGCCCGGCCGGCCGCUGGUGCUGGGGCCGCAGCCCUACCCGGAGGCGGCGGAGGUGCUGCGGGCGGAGGCGGCGCGGCUGGGCGCGGCGCCGGUGGUGCGCGCGGAGCAGUCGGUGCGGGUGCGCUCCCACGGCAUGCUGCUGGACCCCUCGGCGCCGCCGGGCCGCCAGGCCGUGCGCGAGCGCCUCACGCUCGAGCUACUGCCGGAGCCCUCGAGCAACAGUAGCAACAGCGGCAGUAGCAGCGGCAGCGGUAGUGGCAGUAGCGGCCGGACGCUGGAGGUGACGGUGGGGCUGGUGGGACCGCACCAGGCCGCCAACGUGGCGACGGCGGUGGCGGCGGUGCGUGUGCUGCGGGGCCCGGCGGGCGGCGGCUGGGCGCUGCCGAACGAGGCGUUGGCGGAGGGGCUGGCGGCGGCGUACCUGCCGGGCAGGUUCCAGGUGCUCAAGCUGCCCGGCGCCGCGGGCCCCUACGUGGUGCUGGACGGCGCGCACACCGCCGACAGCGCCGCCGCCCUGGUGGCCAGCCUGCAGGCCGCAUUCCCGCUGCAGCCCCAGGCGGGGCCCACACCGCCCGCGGCCGGCAGCAGCGGCAACACCAGCACAAGCACCAGCACUAGCACCAGUACCAGCAGUAGCACUAGCACUAGCACUAGCACUAGCAGCACCCCAAGUACUAGCAGCGGCGGCAGUAGCUGCCCUGUGGCGCUGGUGCUGGCCAUGGCGGACGACAAGGACCACCGGGCGGUGGUGGGGGCGCUGCGGGGCCUGGCGCCCAAGGUGGCGGUGUUCACGUCCGUGCCCAUCGCCGGCAGCUUCCGGAGGGCGGCGGCGCCGGGCACGCUGGCGGGCCACUGGCAGGCGGCGGCCAUCCUGGCGCCACCCGGCAGCCGCCCCUUCCGCUGCCGCGAGCUGGUGCAGGCGUCCCUGGGCGCCGCCUUCGCCAAGGCGGCGGCGGAGCUGCGCGCCUGGCGCGUGCAGCUGCAGGGCGCUGGCGCGGGAAGCGGUGGGGCAGGAGGGGCAGGAGGCGGCGGCGGGGAGGUGGAGGCGGCGGCGCCUGCGGCGGCGCCUGCGGCGCCGCACCCGGGCGUGAUCGUGGUGACGGGGUCGCUGCAUGCGGUGGCGGAGGCGCACAAGCUGCCGGAGCUGGCGCCGCUGCUGAUGGGAUGAUGCCGGGUGCUUGCACAGGGGCGCAGGGGGUUGGGUGGAAUGCAGGUUGCGCGUUGUCCUGGGGUGCAGGCUGGCGUGCUGCAAGGGCUCACAGCGCGCCAGGACACCGCGCAACCCGUGUUUAGCGGGAGCUAGGUCGUGGGCAGUGUGGGGCGACGGGUGUGCCACAGCACCGGUGUGGAGGAGGCUGUUGACGGGUUGUGGUCAUUGUGAGGGGCGGGGCUGUGGGGGUGGAGGCGGCUCCGCGGGCACUGUUUCAUGAGAGUGAGUGGUGGCGAGAAAAGUGAGUUAAUGAG